AUGGAAAACGACCGCCCGGGAGCGAGGACUGCGGCACAGGAUCCGGGGGCCACAGUGGGUCACGAGAUAAAUGAGAGUCAACAGUGUGACGCCGUUGCAAAGAAACCCAACGUCCUUCUGGGCUGUAUGAGCAGGCGUGUUGGGGCUGCGCUGGGUGUAUCGGGGGUCAGACCCAACACACCCCCUAACCCCCGUGUCCCCCCCACAGGCUGGGGGAACGAGGGGGGCGCCCUCGGGGGCUGCAAAUGCCGGAGGUGGACGAGCCCCCCCGGGGGCCGGCUCCAGGACCUCGCCGACAAGGUGAAGGGCUACCAGGCCUGCGGGGGGCACCUCGUCCGGUUCGAGCUGCCCCGAAUACAGAUCUGUGGGCUGGCCAGCGCCGACUGGGUGAUUGAGCUCCGCCAGCUCUGGGAGAAGAAAGAAGCCGGAAGGAUUGAUGCCCGCCAAGGGGGCGGGGGGCCGGCCCCGAACCCCCCCAACGCGCCCCUGCCCCCCAACGCCCACCCCCCCAUGCCCAGCACGGCCCAACCCCCAGAGCCCCACGGACCCACGGCCAGACCCCCAGAGCCCCACGGACCCACAACCAGACCCCUGGAGACCCACGGACCCACGGCCAGCCCCACGGAGCCCCAUGGACCCACAGCUGGACCCCCGGAGUCGCAUGGACCCACGGCCAGCCCCACGGAUGAAGCCAUGACCACCGACCCCGUUGGGGGGCCCGGCAUGGCGCCCCGCAAGGGGGAGGGAGCAGGCGACGGGCCCCCCCCCGCGCAGCCCCGUCCCUACCUCACGGCCGUGCCGGUGCUGCUGGGCAUCACCCUGGUGCUGGUGGGGGGCCUGACCUACGUGCUCUGCCGGAGGCGCCGGCGGCCCCCCCAGGGAGACCCAGGCACCGGGAGGCUGUACUACCCCUGCGAGCUGGGCUGACGGACGGCUGCCCAGACGAACGGACCCCAGCGCCCCGAUCCCCGCUGAUUUCCUGGGCGGUGGGGGGGUGAUGGUACGCAGGGGAGGGGGGAGAGGGUUUGGGGGUCUAACACCCAGCCCCCCCACAUGAUGAAGGACCCCGGCUCCAGGGGGGGCUCCCCCCGCAGAGCUGCGCCCCGCACUAAGCUAAUCUCUAACCACGGACGAGGUACGCUGGCUCUGGGGAGACGCACGCGUCCUGCCCCCGCCCCCCCAGAGCCCCCACUAAUUUAUUCCCCUUGUACUGCGUGUCAGAGCUUUAAUACACAGGUUUCUAGGAG